UCGAUGUUUUUGCGAGUUGACAUUGAUUUAACUUCAUGUCAUAUUUACGUAUAUAUAUACACUUGAGUCAUAUACACGACUUCAGUGUGUUCCUGUUCACAAUCAUUUAUCUCUUUAUUUAUUUCCGUCUUCCAAAUUUUUUAAUUUAGUCAUUCUAUUUUUAAGGUUUAUAUUCAUUAAUUAUUAUUACGAUGUCGACUCCAUGGGCAAAAAUUCAACCAGUAGAAGGGCCUGUCAGUUUAGUGGAGAUAACUUCAGAACAACUUGCCAAUAGUUUGCAAGAGAAAGAAAUAAAAAAGUACCAGACUGAAAUAACAAAUGAUGCGGAUAUUGAAGAUAGUACAAUAUAUGAGUCAAAUGAUACAGAUAAUGAUGAAGUGAUUGCACAUAUGUUGCAAGAUCAGUAUAACAAAGAAUAUGAUCAGAUAUUAACACGCACAGAGGAAAAAUUCAAUCGUGAUGCUAAAGUUAAUACUAUUUAUGCAAAUCAUCGAAUUCGUUCAUUUGAUGACUAUGAUGAUAAAGACACAGAUGUUGAAAAUACAACAAGAGAUUUUGAUAGAUUUGUGAGUAUUGAAAAGGAGUAUGCUUCUAUACCACGUUGUGGGUAUAAAAAAAUGGGUGAAGGAUCACAAAUUGUCACUAAACAUGAUAUGCUCAUGUCUUCAAGGAUAAAUGCCUGUAGAGUUCUGCAAUUUCCUCCUGGUAUUGACACAGGAGACACAGGAGGAUUUGAUGUUAAAUUGAACAAUAAAGUAUUUAACAGCUUAAGAGCUCAUAGUCAUGCUCAGUGUUAUAAACGAAAACCGAAAGCAAAACCACAUACAAAAUAAAAAUGAUAAUAUACCCUAAAAAUGUAAA